CUUACCCUUCAACUAUAUUUACCGACCCAUAUCUAGAUCACUUAGAUGCUGCAAAGUUGAUCAAUGCCAAGAUCAAUCUCCUCUCACCUGCUCUAUAUGAAUGUUUCAUUAGAUUGUAAUCCAGCUCAAUCUCUUCAAAUCCCAUUGAUCAAUACAACUAAACGCUAGACAAUACUGCGAGACCUUAUCCAACCAAGGUGUGAUAAAAAUCUAAUCUUUUCCGUUAAUAGCACAGCAGUGGGGAAAAGACGAGAAAAAAAUCUCAAAAACACUCUCUAUAGGGUGCUCAGUUGGAUAUAGAUUUUGUAUCACUCUUCUUUCAGUGGACACUGAAACAUAGGAUUGUUUAACUACAGUCAAACAUCAUUCGCUCUUAUUUAUUUGGCGCAAGAAACAGAGAGCGACAGAGUUGAACGAAAUUUAAGCAUGUUGCUUGAGAAACAUGUCUUGAUCUUUGGGACAUUUCUCAUCCAUGUUCCUGGUUUCCUAGCCGUCCUAUCCGUACCACAACAGCCGUGUCGCUCACCUUGUAUAAGGAAUGCGUUAUUCAAGGAAUACCAAAAAGAUUUUGUUCUACGAGGACACGUUAUUGCCACAUUCCGUGUCCCCUCACCCCUCUAUUGUACAUACAAAUGCAUCGAGGAGCCACGUUGCAAGUCCAUCAAUUGUGAAAACAUCACCUCCAAUAAACCAACCAUACUUUGUGAACUGAACUACGAAACAAAAACAACCAAGCCUGCAUUCUAUGUGCGAAGGACUGGGCAUACAUACCAUGAUGCAAUAGGUCCUGGAAGUGGAUGGUGUGACAGCGUUUGUCCUUCACCUUACAAUACAUUACUUUGUCCCCCUGGCUUCUCAGGGGCAGGUUGUCAAACACCAAUGAAGUCCUGUAAAGACUGGCUUAACCACGGCUUCAGCAAAGAUGGAAUAUACCACGUGGUCCUAGAAAGCCACAAAACGUUUCCAGUCUACUGUGAUCAAACGACGGACGGUGGGGGUUGGGCUGUGAUCCAAAGGCGGGAAGACGGCACGGUUGAUUUUUAUCGUGGAUGGAACGAGUACAAAACCGGUUUCGGUGACCUGAACGCAGAGUUCUGGCUUGGAAAUGAUCUUAUUCAUAUUUUAACUGCUUCUGGUGAAACAGAACUAAGGGUGGAACUAGAAACAUUUGCAGGCCAUGAAGCCUAUGCGAAAUACAACAGCUUCAACAUUUCUAACGAAGAGAGUAAUUACACUCUAAGUGCCUCUGGGUACAAUGGUACUGCUGGGGAUUCUCUUGGAUUAGAAUCCGGAAAUACCGUCAUGAAUACCAUAAACAAUCAGAUGGCGUUCUCAACAUGGGAUAGGGAUCAUGAUCAACACAGUGGAAAUGGGAGUUGUGCACUAGAGAACAAAGGAGCUUGGUGGUUCAAUAGCUGUUAUUGGUCACAUCUGAAUGGUCCAUACAAGGGUCAAGGAGAGAUAUAUGGGAUAAAUUGGUACUCUUUUGUCGUGUCUAACUACGAGAGUCUUAAAAAAUGCAGCAUGAAAAUAAGACCAGCAGCAUAAUCAGCCAUUUUUACAGUGCGACGCGCCUAACCGUACUCUUUGCAACAAAAACUUAAAUAAAUGGCUAGGAAUUUGCCUAUAGGGGAUACCUAUUUUGAUUACUUUUCUGGCUAACACUGGAAUCUUUCGUACAAAUUAUUUUAAUUGACGGAAACACUUGGCGGGAAAGGAUUCAACGGCAUUGGUAGAGAAAUAAGUUGGGUGGCCAUAGUUAGGCGCGUCGCCGCUGUAGUUGUUAUGAAAAUGGUUGAAGAGAAUAGAGUGUUAACUCGAUUUUGUUUGCGUCUCCACAUGAUCAUUUAACAAACAGCUAGUUGCACGGCCACAACAUUUUCUUCUCAUAUUUGUUGUACAACAAACCGCUAUUCAUUGGACACCCUUUUGUAAGUGUGCACCAGUGAAGGUGUCCCCUUAAUAUACGCGUACCACUGUACUCACUGUAAAACAAACUUCUAUUCAGUAGACAACCCUUUAUUAAGCAGACACUAUGCAGACAAGGUCCUUGUUAUCCAUGGUUGUAAUCAGGUUCGGCUCAUGUGAAGUUCGACGUUUGACCUGAUCCUAACAGGAUGUAUGUAUGAAAUGCUUCGAUUGGAGAAGUCGGUACUUGCACAACGCUACUACAGAGAAAGAAAUAACAUAAAAGGGAAUGUCAUGUAAUGCGUUCAAAGCAAAGAAGCAAUACACCUUGCAUUUCAGAAUCAAUAGAUAUUCAAUCAUCGAGUCAUUUUUUGAACGUAAAGGAUUAUUUUCUAAUUAUACAUGGUUCUGUUAAUUUGGUCUCAAGCCUUUUAAUUCUCGAUCAUUAUUGGCGGUAGAGGUGUUAUAUAGAUAGCGAAGGGAAGGGGAGGUUCAGUCGAGUGUUUUUCAUUCAUAAAAAAAUAAAGUAUGAAUGUAGGGAAU